AGCUGUCGGUUGGCAUUUCAGACGUGGCAUCGGGUGAGCAGGAGAGGAUCAGUGGUCUGAGGGGCGCAGGCAGACUGGUCUCGCUCUCGCUGCGAACGGAACCCCUCCGUCACCCCCGCCCGAGGCCCCUGGCACUGCAGCCAUGGCGGAGCAGUACAACGCCACUGACGCCAAGAUCUACAGGGACAGCAAGAUCAAAGAGAUCGACCUGGUCAACCGGGACCCCAAGCUGAUCAACGAGGAUGUGGUCAAGGUAGACUUUGAGGAUGUGAUCGCUGAGCCAGACAGCACCCACAGCCUGGACGGGGUGUGGAAGGCCAGCUACACCACCUUCACCGUGUCCAAGUACUGGUGCUACCGCAUACUGUCGGCCAUUUUCGGAGUCCCCGUCUCCCUGCUGUGGGGCUUCCUGUUCGCCUGCAUCUCCUUCUGCCACAUCUGGGCCGUCAUGCCCUGCAUCAAGUGCUGCCUGAUCGAGAACCAGUGCCUGAGCCGCAUGUACGCCAUCUGCAUCCACACCUUCUGCGACCCUCUGUUCGAAUCGCUGGGCAAAAUCUGCAGCAACAUCCGGGUGGCUCUGCGCAAGGAGGUUUAGGGAGGCUUAGUUUUUUGGGGGGAAGGGUGGGCCAGGGGGUUCUGGUACCACUGCCUACACUUACCUGCCCGAGCCUCUGCACAUCCAGUCAGCGUGUACGUCUGCUCUGAAAGGCUGCUCACUUUUUCCGCAGAGAAAUAUUUUGAUUUACCACCAAGUUCAGAGUGGUGGGCAGGUCCCCACUAGCUUCACUUCACACGACUAUGAUAUCGCUUAAUGUGUUGAAUCCUGAUGGGUCAAUGUGUCAAUUAUUAAUUAUUUAUUCAUUCAGUAAGCAAAGGGUUGUUCUGCCAUGUUAGACAAUGAAAAUGCUUUUAAAAAAUAAGCCAGUGUCAAUGGCUCUAGAUAACCUGCAUGGAUAGCACUCGGCUUGGCCUGAUAUCAGAAUAUUUCAUGGGCGGUUGUGGUUGCACCUAGCCAAGUAUGUGAAAACAAAGACAAAGCGAUCAGCUGAAAAAUGAGCUGUCUGCUGCCAUACUAAUCCACAACAUGCACUGCUCUCAAAACAGACAUGAAAUAUUGAUUGAAGAGAAUGACUGAUGAAGAAAUGUGUCAGGAAAAAAUAAUCUUCAGUUUCAGUCCUUCUUCUCCUCUCCUCAGUGUCAAUACUGCUUUUAACCACUAGGCGGUAUCAAGAGAAGCAUAUUGUGAGGACCUGGUAAACUUCCAUGGAUGGUCAGACAGAUGGAGACAGACACACACAUAGAAGCAUGCAAUUACUUUCGAGUCGCCUCAGUUUUAAUAUUAAAUAGUUAAUUCAUUUAUUCUUAACAUAACAUACUAUUUAUUUUCAAUAAAUAGCUGCUAUAUGUAUAUGGCUUAAAGGCUAUCUGACCUAUGUAAAGACAAUACAACUGCCACAAUUGAUAUUCACAAAGGAAGUUGAAAAGUUCAAGUUACCCCAUGGGAAUAAUGGAAUCACAAUAUUACCAUAAAAGCUGCAAAUUUGCCUUCAGUACAUGGCAGCCACCUGGUCUAUGUUCUACUGUAAUUUAUGUUUUUAUAAUGGAUGCAUCACUAUAUUCCUAUUCAACAAAUGCCUGUUUCUUUUUCUCAUGUAUUUCAUAUGUAUGUUUUUCAAUUAUCAUACAAUUGCAUAUGGCUUGAUGUAUGUUUUCUGUAUGCAAUUAUGUUUUAAUGGCUUAUGGUGGCCAUACUGAAUGUAAAAAAGGCUAUAUUGUGGAAUUAUGUUCUACAUAUAUUUCUUUUUUUUAAUUACAAUUUUUAUAUCCACACCCAAAGAACUGUUUGAAUAAAAGGAAAAUGAAACCUUUUGACUGUUUAAUAUAAAGACAAGAAAACAUAAAAAAUGCGGUAAACAAUUUUAUCUUGCAAUGACCCUGCAGUGAAAUGUAUCCUAAAAUGUACAUUAAAAGUGGUAAAUCCAUAUGAUCUAAUCCAUGGACAACAGGAACAAGAAGAUCCAACUACAGACUGCAGUUACAAAUGAAGUACCUUCAAAUCUGGACAGCAGCAGCCAUUUUCCUUUAUUUAAAUAUUUUCCUAUUUUUCAGAUGACCACUAUCAUCAUGAAUGUUUCCCUCUACACUGGUACACAAACCCAUGGUCAAUACAACAGCAACAAUAUGUGACCUGCUCCUUGAGUAAAGCAUUGUGUAAUGUCUGAAUAUUCAUGUUAUUUGUGUGCCCACCUUUUUAACACUUCCAGAAAUAAAUCUACAAAAACACA